CGGAGUUAUUUGUCCCCUGCACACACACACAGCCCUGACAUUGUUUAACCCCCUGCCCAUCCCAACCCCGUGGUGUGUUUGAACGGACAGGGGAACAUAAAGACACGGUGCGGCUCCCUGAAGUCAAACACCAAGUAAGAACGGAAAUGGAAGAAGCGGAAACCUUGCUGAGCUUACAGAUGUUGCAGGAAGCCAGGGAGGCAGUAAAGCAGAGCACUUUGCAAGUUAUUAAAACACCUAUGAUCCACCUGGCUAAUGGUGCAGUUCCAAUGAAAAUCAACUGUGACCUGUAUCUGAAGCUUGAAAACAUGCAGACAACAGGCUCAUUCAAGAUCAGAGGAGUAGCAAAUCAGUUUUCCAGAAGAGAAAAUGGGCACUUCAUUACAAUGUCAGCAGGAAAUUAUGGGAAAGCCUUUGCUUAUGCUUUGAAGCAUUUUGGGCAUCGAGGAAAAGUAUUAAUGCCAGAUACAGCACCGGCGUCAAGGACCGACCUGAUUGCAAGUUAUGGUGUAGAAGUUGAGCGGAUGCCACCCAAGUCAUUGUUGCCUGCUGUGGAACAAUUUGUUGAGGAUCAGAAAAUGAGUUUCUUACACCCCUUUGAUGACAUAGAUUUGAUUGCUGGCCAUGGAAGCAUUGGUCUAGAAAUUCUUGAAGAAAUUCCAUAUCCUGAUGUUGUGGCAGUUCCUUGUGGAGGUGGUGGUUUGCUUGCAGGGGUGGCUGCUGCCAUCAAAUUAUCUGGCUGUACAACUACAAAUGUAUAUGGAGUGGAACCAAGAGGAGCUUGUACCAUGUACAGAAGUUUUAAUGAAAAUAAACCAGUGUCUAUGGAUGCAAACAGCAUUGCCUCAGGACUUGCUCCACCAUUUGCAGGUACAAAAGCAUUCCAGAUUUGCAGACAACAAGUGAAAGAAAUCCUAUUGAUAUCAGAUGAUGAAAUAAAAGCGGCAGUUUCCAUGCUAUACAAGAUUGGCCUGGUUGUGGAACCCUCAGGAGCAGCUGCUUUUGCUGCUAUUGUUGGAGAAAAGAUCAAUCUUAAAGGAAAGACAGCAGUGGUCAUAAUAAGUGGAGGAAAUGUCAGUCCUGAAGAGCUUCAGCGUAUUGUUCAUUAAAAAAUGAAAAAAAUUGUCAUGCAGCUACACAGAACUAUAUAAUUAAUAAUAACAGAUUUAAAGUUUAUGUAGAAAUGGACAUGACAAUCCUGAUACCUCAUUUUGAGUUUAGUAAAUAGUUACAUUGAAACAUUAGAGUUUUGUUCUCUCAUAAUUGUAGUGGGAAAAUACAAGAACUGCACUAAUUUGUUUUUUGUCGCCCUUUAAAUCUCAGCGUAACUAAUCUUUUAUAAUUUCAUCUUGUGUAUUGAAAUGUCCUAACAUACUUUUAUUUUAAUGCAGAAUUUCAGCAUAAGAUAUUAACCCAAGUAUUACCUUUAUUAAAAUAGUGAAUUCU